UAAAGAGCGCGUCCUGGGCGCCCGGGACCGAGGACCCGCGGGCGCAGGCAGACGAGGCGCCGCGUUCCUGCCCAGAGGCGCCGGGAACAGGCGCUGGGGUCGGUGAGACCGCGCGACCCCAGCCCAGAAGGAAGCAGAUACACUGGGGAAUGCAGCAGAGCGAGUGUGAAUGCGACACCCUCCCGGCCCGGGCAAGUGUCACUCCCCCGGCUUCGACAUUCCAGCAGCUCAAUGGCCUCCCCAAAGAAGAAACUUCACGGUCUCGUUGCUGCAACCAUCACACCAAUGACUGAGAAUGGAGAAAUCAACUUUUCAGUAAUUGGUCAGUAUGUGGAUUAUCUGGUGAGAGAACAAGGAGUGAAGAACAUUUUUGUGAAUGGCACUACUGGAGAAGGCCUGUCCCUGAGUGUCUCUGAACGUCGCCAGGUCGCAGAGGAGUGGGUGACACAAGGGAGGAACAAGCUGGAUCAGGUGGUGAUUCACGUGGGGGCACUGAGCUUGAAGGAGUCCCAAGAACUGGCCCAGCAUGCAGCAGAAAUUGGAGCUGAUGGCAUUGCUGUCAUUGCACCUUUCUUUCUCAAGCCGUGGAACAAGGAUGUCCUGAUUAAUUUUCUAAAAGAGGUGGCAGCAUCUGCCCCUGCAUUGCCAUUCUAUUACUAUCACAUUCCUGCCUUGACGGGGGUAAAGAAUCCAAGACCAAAAGCCCCACAAGGGCAGGACUGCGUCUACCUUCUACCUCCUGCACUCUCAGUGCCUCUCCAGAGCCAAGUUCGUGCAGAGGAAUUGUUGGAUGGGAUUCAGGAUAAGAUCCCCACCUUCCAAGGGCUGAAAUUCAGUGACACAGAUCUCUUAGACUUCGGCCAGUGUGUUGAUCAGAAUCACCAACGACAGUUUUCUUUGCUCUUUGGGGUGGAUGAGCAACUGCUGAGUGGUCUGGUAAUGGGAGCAACUGGAGCAGUGGGCAGCACCUAUAACUACCUAGGAAAAAAGACAAACGAGAUGCUGGAGGCUUUUGAGAGGAAGGACUUCUCUUCAGCCCUGAACUAUCAGUUUUGCAUCCAGAGAUUUAUCAACUUUGUGGUCAAGCUAGGUUUUGGAGUAUCUCAGACCAAAGCCAUCAUGACUCUGGUCUCUGGAAUUCCAAUGGGCCCACCUCGACUUCCACUGCAGAAAGCCACCAGGGAAUUUACUGAUAAUGCUGAAGCUAAACUGAAGAGCCUGGAUUUCCUCUCUUUCACUGGUGUAAAAGAUGGAAACUUGGAAGCCUGUAGCUAGUGCCUCUCUAUCUAAUCAGGAUAUGUAUCUUGAGACCUCAUUCAUCUUGAAUAGUACAUUCUUUUCUCAGGGACUUUUUAGAUGAAAUUGAACUAAACUUUCUUGUAGCAAAUGAAAUCUCACAUCAAUCAGCAAAUAAAUAUCUACUGUGAGA